UAAGUUAAUAACAGUUAGUGCUGACUUCUAAGAUAGCUAUGUGUAUUGUAUUUAAAAACAUCGCAUCAUAUAUGUUUUAAAACUACAACUCCCAGAGUGCAGCAGAAGUAGUGAUGUGUAGCUGUUGGUGGUGUAGCAGCGCGGCUAAGCUGAGCAUGGAGAGCAGGGGAAUGGGUUUAAAUGGUUUAGUUUUUGUUAUUUGUCAGUUUUAAUGCUGUGUUUGAGAAUGAAGCUGUUAAACAGCAGCGUGUUCACCUGGUUACUGCUGAUCUCUGCGUGUGUCUGGAGCGCUCAGAGCACUGAGACUCAGUUAGCAGGUGGAGGAGAGGUACAGAGCCAGAUCCAGAACCAGGAAGCUCCAGAUCCUGCACAGAACCAGCCUGCAGGACCUCAUACAGCAGAGGAGAACCCAGAACUCAGCAGGAUAAAUGCCACUUCAAAUUCUACCAAUGACACCCUACACACCACGGCGCCUCUCACCAAGGCCACCACCCUGCCCACGCCCAAGCCCAUCCUGCCUGUUCAGACAGGGGUUAAGGCCCAGGAGGAGGAGCAGUCCAGCGGGAUGAGCAUCUUCUUCAGCCUGCUGGUUAUUGGUAUUUGCAUCAUAUUGGUGCACCUGCUGAUCAAGUUUAAGCUGCACUUCCUGCCUGAGAGCGUGGCUGUAGUGUCUCUGGGAAUCCUCAUGGGAGCGUUCAUAAAGAUCAUUGAGACUCAGGAGCUCGCCAACUGGAAGGAAGAAGAAAUGUUCAGACCCAACAUGUUCUUCCUUCUCCUGCUGCCACCCAUCAUCUUUGAGUCUGGAUACUCACUACACAAGGGCAAUUUCUUCCAAAACAUCGGCUCCAUUACCUUAUUCGCCGUCAUUGGAACAGCUAUUUCUGCCUUCAUCGUCGGCGGGGGAAUCUACUUCCUUGGUCAGGCGGACGUGAUUUACAAGAUGAGCAUGACUGACAGUUUUGCGUUUGGUUCUCUGAUCUCGGCUGUGGAUCCUGUAGCGACCAUCGCUAUCUUUAACGCUCUGAAUGUGGACCCUGUGCUGAACAUGUUGGUGUUUGGAGAGAGUAUUCUCAACGACGCUGUGUCCAUCGUACUAACCAACACGGCAGAGGGCUUCACUGGUUCAGACGCUUCCACGGUAACCGGCUGGGAAACCUUCCUGCAGGCGUUGGGAUAUUUCCUCAAAAUGUUUUUUGGAUCAGCUGCUCUGGGAACGCUGACCGGCCUCAUAUCUGCUAUUUGCCUGAAGCACUUUGACCUGAGGAAGACCCCGUCUCUGGAAUUUGGCAUGAUGAUCAUCUUCGCCUAUCUGCCGUAUGGUCUGUCGGAAGGGAUCAAACUCUCCGGCAUCAUGGCCAUUCUGUUCUCUGGUAUAGUGAUGUCCCACUACACUCAUCAUAAUCUGUCUCCAGUCACCCAGAUCCUCAUGCAGCAGACCCUUCGGACCGUCGCCUUCAUGUGUGAAACCUGUGUGUUUGCUUUCCUGGGCCUCUCCAUCUUCAGCUUUCCUCACAAGUUUGAGCUCUCUUUCGUCAUCUGGUGCAUCGUUCUGGUGCUUCUCGGUCGUGCUGUGAACAUCUUCCCUCUGUCAUUUUUGCUCAACUUCUUCCGGGACCACAAGAUCACCCCCAAAAUGAUGUUCAUCAUGUGGUUCAGUGGCUUGCGGGGUGCCAUCCCCUACGCCCUGAGCCUUCACCUGGGUCUGGAACCCAUCGAGAAGCGGCAGCUGAUCGGCACCACCACUAUAGUCAUCGUCCUCUUCACCAUCCUGCUUCUAGGAGGUGGCACCAUGCCCCUCAUCCGCAUCAUGGACAUCGAGGAGAGCCAGUCAAGACGAAAGAACAAGAAGGACAUCAACCUCAGCAAGACGGAGAAGAUGGGUAACACUGUGGAGUCGGAGCAUUUAUCUGAGUUGACAGAAGAAGAGUAUGAAGCUCAGAUCUUCCAGAGGCAGGACCUGAAGGGCUUCCUGUGGCUCGACGCCAAAUACUUGAAUCCCUUCUUCACGCGCAGACUGACGCAGGAGGAUCUGCUGCAUGGGAGGAUCCAGAUGAAGACUCUGACUAAUAAAUGGUAUGAGGAGGUCCGUCAGGGUCCGUCUGGUUCUGAGGAUGAGGAGGACGAAGCUGAGCUGCUGUGAAACGAGCUGCUCUGUUUUUAACUCUAAACAGAGAACAGAACUCUGUACCGACGGCACCGGGACCGGGCUCUGCACCCCCCGAACCGGCCCGUACCGAAACUAACCCGGGCCAGACUGCAGGGUUUAGGGGGGAUUCUCUGAUAUUUUGCACAGAGCUGGAAAUAAAGAGCGGAACUGAAUUAAAGGGAAACUGAUAAAGGAGGAGGUAAAGCAAUAUCAGAGAUGCUGUUUAUAUAUAUAUAUAUAUAUUAUAAUCUUUUAUUUCUACUGAAUCACUAAAAGGGACUCGGCAACGAUGAAUGUUGAUUCUGGUGAUUUAUUUUUCUUUCUGUAUUUAUUAGUUUUCUACAUGAAGGAAUGUAUGUGAAGGGUAGAGCUUUUAUAUGUAAAAAAAGAAAUGUUAAUAUAUAUAUAUAUAUAUAUAUAUUUAUAUUUAUAUAUAUAUUUAUAUAAUUAUUGCCACUUUUUAAUGUGCCAGGCAGGUGACUGUAAAAUAAAAGUCCAUUUACAUGACAGCGAGGAGACAGGGAACCAGUGACACCUGCUGUCUGCUUUAGGGCAUCACACUUUAAAAAAGCAGUUUAUCGUACUAAAAAAUAAUAUUUCUCAAAGAUGGAGUUUAACACUGCAUUAUUGCUUUCUGCUAAAAAGGGGGAUUUCAUUCAUUUUGCCACUUUAUUUCACUAUUACAUAAAUUACAUAAUACUUUGUCUUGCUUUUAAAGAAAAGGCCAUUACAAAACUACAAAAUAUCAAAAAUAUUUAGUAAACAUUGAAUAUUUGGUGCAUCUCUACAUUCAGCCAAUGUUUUAUAUCAUUUUGUAUGAGCAUUCCCCACAUGACCUGAGAUUUAUAAAGCUAUCCAGUGAUAUAAAGCUCUCUUUUUAAUCAAUUCAGAUGAAUAUAAGUAGCCUAAACAUUCUAUUAUAGCUGAUUUUAUCAUGUUUUAAACAUAUAAAAUCAAAUCAUCAAAAAUAUCCUUCACAUUAAUCACUGUGAAAAUCUAUUAACAGGCUACAUAUCAAUGGAAAAAACUCUCUGAAUCACUAACUGCACUAAACUGCACUACAUGAAGUCACUUAAGUACUAAACACAUCCACAAAUCCCAUAAUCCAAAUACAGUUUUAAGCUGUUUAUAUGUGAUUCUAUGUGAAGUCCCGGUGAAGAUAUAAAAGUAUAUAUAAAAGUAACUGUAACUGUGAAAGAAAACACCUUAAACUGGAACACUGUUAAUGUUUUAUUGUGUAGAGUUCACCAUCUUUACUUUUUUUUUAAUAUAAAUUCUAUUAAAACACAAUUUUAACAAUU